AUGGGCGGGCCCCUGCCUGACUUCAAGGCCCCCAGUGGGCCAGCGCCAACAAGCCUCGCCGCGCUGAAGCCGCCGGCGAGCAUGGCGGAGUUGAACGCCGAUCCUUCUGCCCACUGCAGCGGAUCUACCGUUCAGGACCAGGAGAUCAAAGUCAUCGACCCUCGUGGGCAGCUGAUGUACAACUAUCCUCGCUACGCGACUUUCGCGGAAGCGCCCUUUUGCCCCUCCAUCCAGGCUGACUUGCAGAGGGCGGGCUUCCCCGCUCCGUCGCAAAUUCAGCAGUAUGCAUGGCCCUUGGCGAUGCAGGGUUCAGAUGUUAUCGGCGUCGCUGCAACCGGCAGCGGUAAGACUCUCGGCUUCCUUCUCCCCGCCUUCCACUACCUCAUCGAGCGGCAGAUCCGAGCGGGAAAUCCGCAGCUGCUGGUGAUGGCUCCUACGCGCGAGCUGGCUGUGCAGAUUGAGGAAGAAGCGGUCAAGUUCGGAAGGUCGAGCGGGCUAAAGACGUGCUGCUGCUACGGCGGUGCACCCAAAGGCCCACAGGCCAUGUCCUUGAGAGAUGGCGUUCAUGGCGUCAUCGGCACCCCGGGCCGAAUCAACGACUUCCUGGAGGGCAAUCAGGUAAACCUCAGUGAUGUCUGCAAGCUCGUCCUCGAUGAGGCGGACCGCAUGCUGGACAUGGGCUUUGAGCCACAGAUCCGGAAGGUGCUGGCCAGGAUCACCAACCCCUACCGCCACACAAUGUUCUUUACGGCCACUUGGCCCAUGUCAAUCCGGCGCCUGGCCGCGGAAUUCCUUCGGAAUCCGAUCCAGAUUCAGAUCGGGAAUCGAGAUGAGCUGAAGGGCAACCAGGACAUCGUGCAGAUCGUGACGCCUUGCACCAUGCACAACAAGAACCAGCUGCUUCUUCAAGUCUUGGCGCAAUCUGGUGUCGGCGACCGUGGCAACAAGGAUGCCAAAGCCAUCAUCUUCUGCUCCACCAAGCGUAUGUGCGACCAGCUGCAACGCGACCUGCAACGUGCGGGCGUGCCCUGUGCAGCCAUCCACGGUGACAAGGGUCAGCGUGAGCGCGAGCACGCCCUGGGCGAGCUGAAGUCCGGUGCCAUGAAGCUCAUCGUGGCGACGGACGUGGCCGCGCGCGGUAUCGACGUCAAAGGUGUGACGCUGGUGGUGAACUAUGAUGCGCCCGGCAACACCGAGGACUACGUGCAUCGAAUUGGCCGAACAGGCCGUGCCGGACAGAAAGGUUACGCUGUGACUAUGAUCACAGACAAGGAUGCCCAUGCCCUGCGUGGCAUCAUCGAGGUCAUGAAGCGAACCAACCAGGAAGUCACCGCAGAGGUUGAGGCCAUGUCGCAGCGAGCAGGGCCACCGCCGCCCAGCGGUAGGGCCCUGCGUGGUGCCGGAGGGCGACGAUGA